AAUCUGAGUUAGUCGCGGGCACCAAUUUAUAAUUGUAAUAACUCAAACGAAUAAUUAAUGAUACUUAUUCCAGCUACCCCAGACAUUUUUUGUUAAACGAAAAUACAUGUCCAAUUUGUUUAGUGCCCAAAAAAACUUGGUUGACCAGACCAAUACCGUAAGUUGACCGACCCUGUAAAUUACAUAACCAGUUUCCUCGCCGUUGACUAACACCGACGAGCAGCACACUUGCGUGUUCCAAACUGUGAUUCCAUAGGAUCCCUCAAGUUGACUUUACCAACUCCUUCGCUUUGCAAGUAUAUUAACAAGGAUCUCAUUCAUUGAUCCAUGUAUCUAUCCAAACAAAUUCCAGCAAGCUUUCUCCCCAAAGAACAAACAUGUAUGUGACUCGCCCGCUUUCUCUGUACAGAAGGGACCCAUCGGCGGCGUCAUUGCCACCUCCAGAAGGCCCGAAUUCCGGCGUGCUAGUCAUCCAAGAUGAAGAAGCUCAGCCAACUUGCUUGUUCGGGUUGAUGAAUAGCAGCCGAGUCACGGACCUGCCUUUCCCACAGAACAAGAACCUCCAGGUUCGCUACACCAAGCGAACCGGGGAGCACCGCCGCGUCGAGACCCACCGAGUCGUCUUCGUCCCCGUCCUCGGCCGACCUCUCUCUGCGAAUCGUUACUACGUGAUCAAGAUUCAAGCGGGAUGGAACGCAUAAAGGGUACGCAAAUUCUCUGUUCUGUUCUUUUCUCGCAAAACAGGGGAUUAAUUUGUACUAUAUUCAAACUACAGGGACUAAUUGGUACAAAUUGUAAAAAAUGGGGAGUAAUUAGAUCUUAGGUAAAAAUAAAACCGAAAAGAAACUCUUAAAAGAUGAAAGAUUUGAAAAAUGAAGUUUCGUAUCAAUU